AAAGUGGCAAAGCUGUUGCCAUGGUUAUAUGUAUAUUCACAAUAUUCACACACCCACCUAACCAGACAACACAUAUUGCAAGUGUAAGCAAAAACAAAUUAGGUUCUAGCUAAGAGAGCUCUCUUGAUACAAAACAGGUUUCACUCUCAGGGUGUUUGUUGCUCUUGAUGCAUAAGCUCUUUUCUAUUCAUUGACCGGUGAUACCUCUGUUUCCGCGUAAGUUUACUUUUUUUUUUUCAUUAUUCAUUCAAUGACUCAAUGGAGUCAACAUUCUCCAACGCUUUCCUUUGUCGUCUCGUGCUAAUACGUGUUAAUAUGAAGCACUUAUUUUCCCAAAAUGUUUAUUUAAAAUUAAGUAUGUAAAUGGUGAUAAGGCUAAUCACUCUUUUCGAAUCUUAAUCAGUUAAUUUAAAAUGAAUCGACAAAAAGAAACUGAAUAAAUAAGUAAAAUACCUACCCCUAAGCACUAAUAGCACAACACCUACGGCCAGCUGACCAUAUAAACUAUAAUGUUUCUACCUGGUUAGACAAUUUACAAUAUUACUACGGGGUGCGUGUGACGUGUCCCACGCUUAGGUGCUGUAGAUCUGCCCCUGAGUAUCUGGCCCUGAGCCUCAUUAUUAAUUCUUCAUCAUCUCUAAAAGCUCAAGUAAUCUCGAUCCUCUCUUCAUCAUGCUAAUGGAUUCUUCUUUUCCCCUUAUCAAUGUUGUUGCUGCUGCAAUAAACUUAUUCACGCUUUUGGGUACAAUAUUUUUCUUGUUUUUCUACAGAAAGUCCAGAUCCCAUCAAGAAAACAAAACAGUGGCUUCUUCUUUAUCUCUUUUGUCUCCUCCAUCUUCUUUGCCUCAGAAGUGGAAACACCAUGUCUUCCCAAGCUUCCAUGGGGCAGAUGUUCGCAAAGCCUUCCUCAGCCAUGUUCUCAAGGAGUUCAGGAGAAAAGGAAUCGACCCAUUCAUUGACAAUGAUAUGGAGAGGAGUAAGUCUAUCGGUUCUGAGCUAAUAGAAGCUAUCAGAGGGUCCAGAAUUGCGCUUGUUUUGCUUUCGAAGAACUACGCUUCUUCCACAUGGUGCUUGAACGAGCUGGUGGAGAUCAUCAAGUGCAGAGAAGAGUUGGAUCAUACAGUGAUGGUCCUUUUCUAUGAAGUGGAUCCAGCUGAUGUAAAGACGCAGACUGGAGAUUUUGGGAAGGUCUUCAGAAAAACUUGUAAAGGAAAAACAAAGGAGGAGAUUGGAAGAUGGAAACAUGCUUUGGCUGAAGUGGCCAAAAUCACCGGUUACCAUUCAAGAAACUGGGAUAAGGAAGCAGAUAUGAUUGAAAAAAUUGCCACUGAUGUUUCAAACAAGUUGAAUAAUUCCACACCGUCAAGUGAUUUCGAGGGAUUAGUUGGGAUGGAUUCUCAUGUGACAAAAAUGGAACUAUUGUUACGGCUAGAUUCGGAUGAGGUGAGAAUAAUUGGGAUUUUGGGUCCCCCUGGGAUUGGUAAGACCACCAUUGCUAGGUUUCUUUUUAACCAACACUCGGGAAAUUUCCAGCUUAGUGUCUUUAUGAAGAAUAUCAAAACAAAGUAUGCAAUACCAGCUUGUUCCGAUGACUAUGCUGUUAAGUUAUAUCUGCAUGAGCAGUUUAUGUCGCAGUUAUUCAAUGAGAAGAGUUUCACGGUUUCACAUUUGGGAACUGCCAGAGAUCGGUUGAAAGACAAGAAAGUUCUUGUCGUGCUUGAUGAUGUGGAUAAGUUAGUACAAUUAGAAGCCAUGGCGAGAGAAACUUGUUGGUUUGGUCCUCGGAGUCGAAUUAUCAUCACAACACAAGAUCAAAAACUUUUAAAAGCAAGUGGGAUCAACCAUGUAUACAAGGUGGAUUUUCCAUCAAACGAUGAGGCUCUUCAAAUGUUUUGCAUGUAUGCUUUUGGCCAGAAGAACCCUAAAGAUGGUUUCGUGAAGCUAGCUUGUGAAGUUACAAGACUUGUAGGUGAACUCCCAUUGGGGCUAAGGGUUAUGGGCUCCUAUUUCCGGGGAAUGUCCAAGCAAGAAUGGAAAAGGGCACUGCCAAGGUUAAUGACACGCCUUGACGGAGAAAUUGAGAGCAUUCUGAUGAUUAGUUAUGAUGCCUUAAGUGAUGAAGAUAAAAGUUUAUUUCUUCAUAUAGCCUGCUUUUUCGAUUGUGAAUUAGUUGAUAUAGUGGAAGGCUGUCUUGCAAAUAGUUUCUUGGACGUGACACAAGGGCUUCAUGUCUUAGCUGAAAAAUCGCUCCUAUCUAUGGAUUCGGGAGUGAUAGAGAUGCAUAAGUUGCUGGUCCAACUAGGAAGAGAAAUUGUGCGAAAACAAUCUGUUAGUAAGCCCGGGAAACGCCAGUUUUUGUAUCAUGCAAAAGAUAUUGGUGAAGUACUUAGUGAUGAUAAAGCUGAAAAUUUUGACAAUGGUGCAACUAGCAAUGUUAUAGGAAUAGAUCUCCCGUUCUGUGACGGCAGCGAGGAGGACAUAGCAUGCACAAGUGAAAGAGCCUUUGAAAGAUUAUCUAGUCUUCAGUUCUUAAGAAUUUGUGGAGAUGGCAUCAAUCCGCGUAGUCUGAACUCCAUAUCUCAAAAACUUCGAUUACUAAGUUGGAUUGAAUUCCGGAUGUCAUGUUUUCCUUCUAGUUUUAAUCCAAAGUUCCUUGUCCAACUAGACAUGAGGUACAGCAAGCUUGAGAAACUGUGGGAGAAAACUCAACCGCUUAGCAAUCUCAAGUGGAUGGAUUUGAGGUUUUCAGCAAACUUGAAAGAGCUUCCUGAUCUCUCGACUGCCACUAAUCUAUGUGAUUUGGAUCUCAGGUAUUGCUCAAGUCUUGUGAGACUUCCUUCUUCUAUUGGGAAUACAGUUAAUCUUCAAAAACUGAACCUGGGUCAUUGUUUGAGUCUGGUGGAACUUCCUUAUACUAUUGGGAAAGCAACUAAUCUUAAGUAUUUGGAUAUUCGUCAUUGCUCAAAUCUGGUGGAACUCCCUUCUACUAUUGGAAAUAUAACUAAUCUCGAAGAAUUGAAUCUUAGUUAUUGCUCGAGUUUGGUGGAGCUUCCUUCCUCUAUGGGAAAUCUUCAUAAAUUGUCGAAAUUGGACCUAAAUAAAUGCUCCAAUUUAGAGGUGGUUCCAGCCAACAUCAACGUGGCAUCUCUCAUAGAACCUAAUCUCUCAGACUGCUCCUUGUUAAAAAGUGCAAGUGAAGUAGAGCCUUUAUAUCAUGUACUUUCCAAGGGUUUUACUUAUACUAAGGAAUUGGCGAGACUUUUGUCUUCUGCGUAGAAGCUGGUAUCACUUCCGCAGCUUCCGGAUUUCGUAACAGAGAUAGAUGCAGAGAAUUGUGAGUCCCUGGAGGGACUAGACUGCUCCUUUCACAAUCCAGAUAUUUGUCUCAACUUCGUUAAUUGCAUCAAACUAAAUCAAGAAGCCAGAGAUCUCAUCCAUAUACCCCGACUAAUAAAUAUGCGGUCUUACCUGGUGGAGAAGUGCAUGUGUGCUUCAGGUACCGAUCUUCUGGGAGUUCCGUAACAGUGAAGUUGAAUCAAAACCCUCUUGGUGGCAUUUCAACGAAAUUUAAGGCUGGCAUCAUAUUUGCUGAGAACAAAUAUGCGUUUGAUGGAGUUGGAGAAAGUGGCAAUGUGUAUUGUAUCAUCACGUCCAAGCAGAAUGCUCCCUAUGUUUGUCUAUCAGGUACGAAACAUUAAAACCUUUAGUCUCGAAGCAUCUGUACACAUUCGAGUUAGAAGUGUUGGAACAUGUUUCUUGACAAAUCACAAAGCUGACACUUUCGAGUUUUCCGGCGACUUUUCCGGCCAAACCAGUGGUUGUCUUCGCUGGAUUAAUAUCUCAUUAUGUAGCUUGUUAUGAGUACUAUAAUCUAGUAUAUUCAUAUGUCAAAAACAGAUUAGAAUUGAAUGAGAAAUGAAGUGAUGAAGUUGGUAACUUAGUGUUAUCAAAACCCUGCAAAUUUGGCUAAGUGUCUAAAUGAUACAACGUCCCACAUUGGGUAAACAAGCUGAGUUUGAGUGGUAUAUAUAAGGCAUCACACAUAGCUUUAGUUAAUUGGCUUGGGAGAAAGAAAGGAUCCCUACGCGGGCCAGUUCGGCGUGGGUGGAGGGUAUGAAUAAUUUUUGUUUAACUAAGUUAAGCUCAACGUUUUGCCAUUUAAUUCAGAAAAAAACGAUAUGCAUUUUUAUUUAAAACGACAAUUAGUUUGUUUAGAAAAUAAAAACGUCAUGCAUUUAUCCUCUCGAAUUUUAAACGAGAUAAGAGAGUCUUGGUGAAUAAGUUUUCGAAACUUAACUUUCUGUGAUCUCCGCGAGAUCUCCGUACACGUGCAGGAACUGUUGCGGGAAGUGGCUCUCGUUCGUCUCCUUAAAUAUCGCCUCACCUCUUCCUUCAUUUCCAAACUUUUCUCGUAUCAAAAUCCAUCAGCGAAAAUCCCUUAGCGUAAAUCAUAAAUACGAGAGUAUUUCGUAGAAUUUAUCGUUCGAUAGGGCGAUCACGAGUGAGACGUGAUUCGUCUGCUAUGGUUGUAUUCUGGGACUAUAUAUUCGUACAGUCAUGUCUCACUAACGGAGCGAAUAUUUUGAGUUAAGGAAAGAGAUCAUAUCUCGACUCCAUAUCUCUUUGUGAAUACGAUUUCUUAUCGUUCUUGUAUUCGUCUUUUACAUUCGUUUAUUUUCUUAACAUCGUUUUUAUUCUUUCGUUUAUGUCAGUCCGGUUUUCUGGUUUCUACAAGAAGCAGACAAAGUCAUCUCCACCGAGCUUGUUUUUGAUUUUAUGCUUGUUAACUAUAUGUGGGAGAUAAAAGAAUGUGGGACUGUUGUUUAGACGCGUCAAAACUUGUUUUGUAAUAAUCUCUCAUAUUGAUUCUCUGAUAAAUUUUGAUUAAUCUCCUCUCUUUAGGGUGGUACUUCUUUAGCAAUUUUGUCCAUUUUAUUACUCUCCGAAUCUUCUAUACAACAAUGAGGAAUGCUAAUCCACAGUAGUGAAAAUUUGAGGCAUUAACUUCAUAAGUAACUUUCAUCUUUUGGAAGAACACAGAAGCUUCCGACAUCUUUCAUGAUAAGUAGGCCCAAUGAUAUUGUAAGCCACAACUUUUGCCCGUGGAAAAGUGGUACCUCUGUUUCCCCGAAGCUUUCUUUCUUUGCUUCAACACUAUGUGUUAGUUCUUUCAUCCUCUCUAAAAAAGCGUCUGCUAUCUUGAUGAUCAUCUCUUCAUCAUACUAAUAGAUUUUUCUUCUUGUUUCCUUACCAAUCUUGUUGCUGCUACAAUUUUUUUCUACAGAAAAAUCCAGAUCCCAUCAAGAAAACAAAACAAUGGCUUCCCCGAAGGCUUUCUCAAGGAUAUUCAGGAGCAUAGGAAAAUCCAGUAUGUAUAUAUGGUUGAUCCCACUUUGCUUUUUAAAAGUUUUUUUUGAUCUUGUGUUGUGAUGAUAAUCCGACUUCCAUGACUAAAUCAACAAGUUUCAACAUGGUCACCAUGACUCAUGCUUGAUGAUGUCGAUUAGAAAUUUGUUGGUUUGGAUCUUGGAAGUCGUAUUAUCAUCACAACACUAGAUCUAAAAAAAUUUAGAAGCAAGAGAGAUCAACCAAAUACACAUUGUGGAUUUUCCUCAAGUGAUAAGAAGACUCAUCAAAACAAGAAGAUUGUCUGUGUUUUAUUCCGAGUAAUGUUUUGGUGAAUACAAGUUUUUUUAUAGAUAAAGUUGUAAAGAGUUGAGAUCAAGAACUCAUACAGUGAGUGGCUUUAUGAGUGGCAAAGCCGAUAGAUAUACUAUGGUUAUAUCUUAAAUUUUAUAAGAAAAGACAGAAGCAUACAAAACUAUAUUUUGUGAAUUCUCAAUGAAGUUCACCGACAGGAGCUUCGUUGAGCCAGAGGAAGUGGAUGAAGUCAUACAACUUGGCACUUACACUAACCUGUAAAAGUUUAUGUAAAACAAUUUAGUUUUUAUUUUCUCUCUUAGAACUACAAAACAGGUUCUCACAUGGUGUUUGUUUAAUAUAUAUAGAUAGUACCUUAUAAGGAGUAGGGUUUAAUCUUCUCA